UUAUUCUCACAUGUCAAAACAAAAACAUUUGAUAUCAAAAGCUACUCUUUUGUAUACAGUUUCAUCAAGUGUUGGUAUCAAUCAAAUAGAGUCAAAAGCAACAAGCAUCUUGAGUGUAUCAUGAAUCUAACCAAUGAUACCGAUAACGAUAACAACUAUGAUCUUCAUCCUAUUGAAGAAGUAGCUCAUACGCUUUUGAGCGGUUCACUUGAUAAUCUUGAUGAUAACUUUGAACUGCUUGAUCAAUCACAAUUGAUCUUGCUUACCAGGCUUAAAGUGAUUGAAGAUCGUCUAUUGACAUUCAAGAAGAUUGCAUUUGAAGACGGGGUCAUCAAUGAUGAUGAAUUGACCAAUUAUGUCAAUAAAAUUAAAGAUCUUCAGAAACGUCUUCUGGUUACUUCCAAAGCAUUAAGUAGAAUAGAGAAUCGAAUUGAUAAGAUGGAUGGCCAACUACAAAUUAAAGAUUAAUUAAGAAUGGGGGAGAUUGACUUUUUAUUGCUG